AUACGAGGUCCUGAAUAAAAUGAAUUUCUGACUUUUGUUUCACCUUGAGCAAGGGAAUCCCUUGGAAAAGUAUUAUGAAAUAUGGUUUUCUACCACUAUAUAAGAGCCCAAUCAUCAAUGAACAGUGACUAUUACAAACCAUCGCUCCUUUCGUUUCUUUUCUCCCUCUUUGUACUUGAGCUUGACAGAGUCGCUUUCAUUCUUUUCUUUUCUAUACUCCAUUGACUGGAAGUUUUUGAUUUUUGCUUUCAAAAUGAAGCUGUCUUCGUCCUCUCUUUUCGUGAUUGCCAACAUCUGGCCCCUUGUCUCUAGCCACUAUGUCUUUAACAAGCUGAUUGUUGACGGCAAGGCCACCCAAGAGUAUGAGUACAUCCGCAAGAACAGCAACGGAUACCAGCCCACCCUUGCCUCGGACAUUCUGAGCAACGACUUCCGCUGCAACCAAGGGUCCAUGGACUCUGCAGCUAGCACCAAGACCUACCAAGUCGCUCCUGGUGCUGAGAUCGGCUUCCAGCUCGGGUUCGGAGCCACCAUGAAGCACCCUGGUCCUUUGCAAAUCUACAUGUCCAAGGCCGAGGGCGACGUCACCACCUACGACGGAUCCGGCGACUGGUUCAAGGUCUACCAGGAGGGCGUUUGCAAUGAUAUUUCGGGCGGUCUCAAGGACGAGGACUGGUGCACCUGGGACAAGGAUACCGCAUCCUUCACCAUCCCCAAGGACACCCCCGCCGGGCAGUAUCUUGUGCGCGUGGAGCAUAUCGGCCUUCACCGUGGCUUCAGCGGCAAUUCCGAGUUCUAUUUCACCUGCGCCCAGAUCGAAGUCACUGGCUCCGGUGCGGGUUCUCCCAGCCCUGUUGUCAAGAUCCCCGAAGUCUAUCAGCCCGACGAUGCGAACAUCCAUUUCAACAUCUACAACCCCAUCCCGACGUCUUACGAUCUUCCCGGCCCUGCUAUCUGGUCUGGCGGCGGUGAUGCCGGCUCUGAUGCAUCUGUUACUCCUUCCGUCUCUGCCACUCCUGUCUCCGCGUUCGUCAUCCCUUCGUCUCUCGCUCCUACAACCCUCGCGACCGUCUCUCGGGCCCCGACUGCGGCUCCGUCUGUUCCUUCCUCGUCGAACGGUUCGAUCAAGAAAUAUAAUCAGUGUGGAGGCCAGGGAUGGACCGGGUCAGGCUCUUGCGAGUCCGGCACUACCUGCCGGUCGUGGAACCUCUACUACUCCCAGUGUGUUUAGCAUUGAGAGUUGCGAUCAAUCGUUCAUUGGGGACUUGACAAACAGGCUCUAGUCUGUUGGGUGCUCUGUGUGGGCAGUUUGGUUUGGUUCUAUCAUUUUUCUUUCGUUUUCGAGGUAUUUGCCGUCGAUUGCUUCGGCUCUAUCUUUGUAUCGCUCGGAUAACUCGUGCGGCCUGUUGUCAGACUAGCUUUCAAUAUAUUCGCUCAUGGCUGGUCC